UUUUAGUCAUAUUGAAGUGUGUGAGCAAUUAACUUGUGGAUUUAGCUUUAUUUUUUUGGAUUUUGUAUAUAUGACACUCGAUAUAUUGGAACAAUUUGAAAUGAAAUUUAAAGAAAGUGUAAACGAUGAAGUAUCGGCGAAAGGGUCGCAUAAGACUGAUUAUGAAUGGAAACUUGUUUGGAGAAAUGUCAUUAUUUUCAUUUAUAUUCAUGUUACAAUUAUUUACGGUCUAUAUGUAGCUUUUUUUUAUGGAAAACUUUGGACGUUUAUCUGGUUCUACGCAAUUGGUGUUGGUACGGGUUUUGGCGUCACUGCUGGCGCUCAUAGAUUAUGGUGUCAUCGAUCUUAUAAGGCAAAGUGGCCGUUAAGAUUUAUUCUUAUGAUUUUACAGACGGCUGCUUUUCAAGAUGACAUUUACGUAUGGGUCAGGGAUCACAGAGUGCACCACAAAUUUACCGACACUAAUGCGGAUCCGUAUAACUCAAAGAGAGGAUUUUUUUUCUCGCAUAUCGGAUGGCUUAUGCUUCGUAAACAUUCGGAAGUCGUCAAGAAAGGUGCGACGAUCGACAUGAGUGAUAUUGAACAAGAUCCCAUUGUGACUUUUCAAAGAAAAUGGUACCUACUUUUGAUGCUAGUUUGCUGCUUUAUUGUGCCACUGACAGUCCCUGUUUGGGGAUGGAAUGAAAGUUUAUGGUAUGCGUGGCACAUGGCCGUAGGCAGAUAUGGCAUAAACUUAAAUAUAACGUGGUCCGUGAAUUCCUUUGCACAUAUGUAUGGUGUAAAGCCAUAUGAUACAACAAUCACCCCCACCGACAACGCUAGUGUAUCUAUGAUAACGUUAGGCGAAGGCUGGCACAAUUAUCACCAUGUCUUUCCUUGGGAUUACAAAGCUGCGGAAUUUGGACGUGAUUUCAGUUAUACCACAGCUUUAAUCGAGUUUUGCGCUUAUCUAGGUUUAGCUUAUGAUUUAAAAACUGCAUCUCCAGAAAUGGUGAAAAACGUGUUCUUCAAAACAAUUACAAAAAUGAAAUGAGUUACUAAUUAUAAUCCAAUAAUUGUUUCAAAAUCAAAAUUAAAUAUAACGCCCCAAUCAAUUUUUUAAUCUUUAAAAUAUAUUUCCUUGAAGACGAAAGCCUGUAAAAAAUGUAUCUAUAUUUUUUAUUUGUUUUCACAGAUUUGUUUCUAAUUAAUGACCAGUUAUAGAAUUUAUU